AUGUCAGAGUAUUGCACAGUUAUCGGAUUUAAGUCGGACCAAUUCCUGGUUGCAGAUUACUCACUGAAAAACUGUGUUUACUUCAUCCAUUGGAUUGAAACUGACAAGACUACUACAUUGUUAUGUAUCGUCACGAGCACGGCUGACGAUAGCAAACCAGACGUUAUACUUUGCAUAGCAGAAGACAACUAUUAUCGUCAAGGGCUGAUAACUGGCAUAAGCAAACUUUUUGCGAAAAGCGAAAUGAAAGCAAGCACAGCCAGAAGUAAGAUCUAAGACAUUGGUAUCGUAUCUAUGCUAUACAAAUUGGGGACAGAUGAAUGAAUGGUUUUGCAUGUCAAGCAUCCAAGAAGUCGAGUAGUUGUUGUAUGGCAUGUGGAAUGUAAUGUUUACGACAUUAUUAUAUUUCUGUCAAUGAAGGAAUUUCAUGUAUGAUGUUUCGUUAUUACUGUAUAUUGUUUUCUAUUGGAAUCUUUGCUGCUUAUGUACAAUAUUGUUCACUGAUAUUGGUCUGC